AUGGAAGAAAUAUUCUACACUUUCUGUGAUACAGUUAAAAAAGGAUCAAGAACUGCAACAGAUAAAACGAUUAAAAAGAUAUGUACUGAUUGUAAUAUCUAUACGAAAUCGUUUAACGCCAACAUUGUGGAUAUUGCAUUUAGAAAGCAUAUUGGAAAUGCUAAGAAAGAUGUCGAUUUCGCUGACUUCAUGAGAUUUAUACAGGGCACAAUGGCCGAAGAGUAUGCAAAAUACGCGAAUAUGUCACAAGCUGAUGCAGCAAAGGAAAUAGAAAAUAAAAUAUUGAGUACGAGCAAACCAAAGGCUCACGGUGCUACACAAGUUAGCAAAGACGCCGCAACAGCUCGCUUAACUGACGUUAAAGGAUACACAGGAGCUCAUAAAGAAAGAUUUGAUGCUGAAACUGGUAAAGGCAAGGGAAUCGAAGGACGGGAAUAUGUUAUGGAUGAAAAGGCGGCUGCAGGAUAUGUGGCAUAAUCAAUCGACUAGGCAUGACUUUCAUAUUUCUCUUAAAGAAAAUGCUAAAUGCAUGAAAUAAUAUAUUUGUUGUGUUGGAAGUAUCUUCUCAGCAAUAACCGCUCCAAGCAAAUAUUUCACAAACAUUCUAAUCAUAAACUUCGGUUCCCAUUGGAAUUUAGUGAGAUCUUCAAAAUCCUAAUUCUGCGGAAAC